AUGAACGAGGAAGAGAAGGAGAAGGAGAAGGAGAAGGAGAAGGAGAAGGAGAAGGAGAAGGAGAAGGAGAAGGAGAAGGAGAAGGAAAAGGAAAAGGAAAAGGAAAAGGAGAAGGAGAAAGAGAAGGAAAAGGAAAAGGAAAAGGAGAAGGAAAUGGAGAGGGUUGGAUGGAAAACCAGGAAAAGAAUGGAGUCGUUGAUGGACAGGCAUGGCUUAGCAUUGGCAAGAGUUGUCCCCGGUGCCAACGAAUAUUAUGGCAAACGCCUUGGAGUCAUUCACGAGACGAAGUUCCCCGGCAAAGUAAUAUACUACAACUGCCAUGGCGUUGUUUGGGUUGGAAACGCCACCCGGCUACUGUUGUCUCGCUUCAAGUAUAAACCGUCAGUUUUUAAUCAAGAAAACAUCACGUUUUGGAUUGGGCCAGCAGAAACUACCGGAUUCAUCAAUAAAGAUAUGGUGCCAAGCGAAAAUGGCGUUUACCUCAAGCCGAAGUUGCUGAAGCCUCGCACCCUCUGGAACGCGUCAAGCUCGUAUCUUUUGGUUAACGAGACGAACCACAAAUCGCUCAACUUGAAGGAUAUAGUAAGCCUGGUGGCUAAAAGAGCUCAGCAGAUGAAAAAGUCUGAAAGCAUCAUGCAGCAUCCUGAAGCAGCAGACAGUAACAUCGAGCAUGACAAUGCAACGGAAAUGAAGCCAAGAAAGAUAUACAUUUUGACCGGCGGCGACCUUCCGAUUCCGGUGACAAAUCGGCCUGCGGAAAACACCGCGUCUGUAUCAACGGUUCAGUCUGCGGUAAAAAUAGAAUCAGACAAACACAGACAGAAACGACAGCUCGCCAAUCUGUGGAAACUCGUCUUCGACCGUCUCCAAAGGAAGAUAGCAAACGAAAACAUUCGUGGUGAUGACAAGCAAAACGCAUCGAUGAACGACGUCUCAGGGAUUCAGCCUCUGCGAUGGUACAAUGGUAAGGAGGUGUUGGUGCUGGAGUUGCCAGCUGGCACGAGCGUCGCUGACUUUCAGUGGCUUUCCUUGUACGACCACGGAAAUAGAGUAAUGAUUAUCGUUCAUCAUUUCAAUUCAGAGCAUUUCUUCUUAACUGACUGAGG